AUGGAUUCUUCUCAAAACUCUUCCUCAUUUUCUUCUGAAAUGCCCGAUUGGGCUAUAAUGGCUGAAGAUGUGCUUCUGCUGAUCCUAAGCCAUCUUCUGCUGUCAGAUAUCAUUUCCUUUGGGUGUGUCUGCAGCAGCUGGUAUUCUGUCUCUAAACGCAAACUCAAAUUACUCAACAUCACUCCCAAAAUGUCCUUCAGAAGACGCGCUCCUAUGCUUCUGAUACCAACAGAUGACAGCAAUGAGAAUUCGCGCAAUCUCUAUAGCCUUCCUAAAGGAGAAGUUUAUGAUCUGAAGUUAUCAGUACCUGUCAAUAGCAGGUGCAUUGGCUCUUCUCAUGGCUGGCUUAUCUAUAUCGAUAGUCUGUCUUUCGUGAUAACUUUAUACAAUCCGUUCUACUUUGGAUUUAGCAAGGGAACCAUCAAACUCCCUGCAUUUCUGCCUGCAGGAAAAAUCAAUGACAGUAAGAUGGCCAUCAUUCAACGCGAUUUCUAUACUGAUUUAUUCAUCAGUAAGGCUAUACUGUCAGCCGAUCCUUCUUCCUGUUCUGAUUUCAUUGUGAUGGCGAUUCACAACGAAAGAAAAGGCUUGGCUUAUUACAAGGCAGGGGAGGAUGCAACUUGGACAUACGUCCAUGAUCACCCAAAUGGAUCUCCCUUCUAUGAUAUCAUGUAUUAUCUAGGCCACUCUUUUGUUGCACUCAAUAACAAGGGUGAGGCUUACAUAUGUAAUGUGAAUUCCAACAGCAAGACUUGCCAGGUGAUGACUGAGGCUGUUGUAGCCACGCUUGCAGAAACAACGCGAAGAUACAUUGUGAAAUUAGAUGAUGGAUCCACCAUCCUGCAAGCAAUAAGGAUGGUGCAGACUCUGACUAAUCCUGAUGGUACGCCUUUUGUAGACACCGUCUGUUUUCUGAUGUACCAGUUGGUGAAUCAAUUUCAAUGGAUGAUGGUUCACAACAUCGGCGAGGGUGCAUUGUUCUUGGGAGAUGACAGCUCAUUCUAUGUCAAAGCUGCUGAUUUUCCUGAAGUCACUCCUAAUUCCAUUUACUUCACUGAUGAUUACCCUGAUGGUAGCACUAUGAAUCGUCGCCUUUAUCAGUACCAUGGCCACCACGACAGUGGUAUAUAUGUGAUAUGGAAGAAAGUAGUCCUGUAUAAUUAUAUACCGUCUCCUGAACCUGAGAAUAUCCCUUCCCCUCUCCCUGUCUGGAUCCACCCCACCAUAUAG